AUGAAGAAGGGCAUGAUGUAUUAUGGUAGUGCCAUGGAUCAGCAUAUGGAGGUCACUUCAGUGGAGAAAGGACAUCAGAAAAAGUGCUCCAAUCCAAAUUUUAUUGGUCAACAGUGUUUAAGGAUGCCAAGGAAAUGGUGUCAAGAUUUCGUAGGACUCUUCCCAACCUUCUACUCAAAUAACUACAUAUUAGUGGCUGUUGAUUAUGUUUCAAGAUGGGUAGAGGCCAUAGCUACUGCAACAAAUGACAACAAGACCAACGGGCAAGCUGAGAUCUCUAACAGGGAGCUAAAACGAAUCCUUGAAAAAACUGUUGGAAGCUCAGUAAAGGACUGGUCUAAGAAGCUAGACGAUGCUCUAUGGGCCUACAGGACAGCCUUCAAGACCCCCAUUGGGAUGUCACCAUACCAACUAGUAUUUGGCAAGGCUUGCCACUUGCCAGUUGAACUAGAGCAUAGAGCCUUCUGGGCUCUAAAACUAUUGAAUUUUGAUGAGCAAGCUAUUGGAGAGAAGAGACUGAUGCAACUCAAUAAACUGGAAGAGUUUAGAAAUCAAGCAUAUGAGAAUGUAAAAAUCUACAAAGAGAACACAAAAAGGUGGCAUGACCAAAAGAUAGUAAGAAGGGAGUUUACUGAAGGACAGAAGGUGUUACUCUACAACUCAAGACUCAAGUUCUUCCCUGGAAAACUUAAGUCUCGAUGGUCAGGACCUUUCACCAUACUCAAAGUGUUUCCCUAUGGUCAUGUGGAGCUCAUGGAAGACAAGACUCAGAGAACUUUUUCUGUCAAUAGCCAUAGACUCAAACACUACUUGGGAGGCUCCAUGGAGGAGCAGAGAGUGAGCUACAAGCUCAGCUAA